AUGGCACGUGCAGGAUAUGUUGGCCAGGAUGAGCUGCUAAGGCAUCCUUUACACUGCGAAAAUCCUCAUACUGCGUCAGACUGUUCGCCUUCUCCCGUUAGCUCGUCAGCUCAGUCUCCGGUCAAUGCUGGGGCUGUCCGACCCAGCUCCGCGUCGUUAUCGGACAGCAACGAGGCGGAUUCCAGCAAAGUCCCAUCUUCUGGUCCACAGAGGUCAAAGUCCAUCAGCGGCGUGGGAGCCAAGUGGGAAAGAGAGAAGCGGAAGCGUUCACGUGUCACUCCUGAACAACUUAUCCAUUUGGAGCGCUUCUUUUCGAUGGACAGAAGUCCCACUGCAGCGAGGAGGAAAGAAAUCAGUGACUUAUUGGGCAUGCAGGAACGACAAACACAAAUAUGGUUUCAAAACAGACGUGCAAAGGCCAAACUGCAAGAUGGCAAGAAGGGUCGAGGGGACAGCGCUGAAACCCCACCGGAUACCCCCCCAGAAUUGGCGACCGGAUAUGAGGCAGAGUUACAUAGCCUCAUACAUGAAGACGAACCGGUUACUAUAAUUCCGUGCAAUGAUUUGUCUAUAGGGACGUGGCGUCGUAUUGCAACCGCCGUAGGGAAGCAUGAUCUCGUGGCUUACCUGUGUGACGGCAAGCGGUGCUUGACGUGGUUCAUCCACUCAGCAGGCUAUGGCUUUAAGAUGGAAAUUCCUUUCGACAUUAUCGUUCAUACGGAAUUUACAAACGCGGCGCCAGGGUCAGGACUGGCUUCAUUUAUCCUUUCACAACCGCCAACUUUUUACCUUGAGUCCUUCUCGAGCCCCGGGCCCACUCGGCAGUGGAAAAAAUGUGCGGAUUGGACGGAAGGACAACAAGCCACUAAGAUCCUGCGUCAUGACCUGAUAGGUUCAGCGGUACAGCUUGCACACCUUCUGCGCCAUCUGAACGCACAUGCUUCUGGGUCGGAUAUUCGUCUUCAUUCACCGUCCUAUUACUCUCAGGAGCCGCCGCCACCUCUCAUGGAGGUCCCCCAACCACCCAUGGCAAUUUUAACAGGGCCUGCAUACCCAUACGGUGGAGAUGCCGGCGACUCUAGAAGGGCAGAAGGUCCUGUCCACAUAAGGAGAAGGUCUUUUUCAGGUGGCACCAUGCAAUUGAGUCAUCUGCAUCGCCCCAGCCAUCAGUCUCUCGCUGUGGACUUACCUGUCAACCCGACCCCAGGGCCACACUCAGCCCCGUACGCUUCAUCAUCUUUCUCACUAUAUUCCAGUCGUAAUCACCCAUCCAUCCACUUAUCGUCUCAUUCAUCGAUGUUCUCGGAAUACGCGAACUCCGUGUCAUCGCAUAGUGCAUCGCAACAAUCUCAAUCCCCAGUCGACUACGGUCCAACAGAUACCCAUAGUAUUCCCCCGCAUUCCUAUUCAUCCGCACCGGUGCAUCAUAUGUAUGAUGGUACUAUGUCGAUGGCUUCUCCAUAUUCUAGCAAUGGACCAACCCCUAGUUCCUCUACCCAGACGCCAUUCGUUUCCCCUUCACCGCCGUUGUUGACAACUCCAUUUUAUCCUCCCACAAAUGAAUACAACACACGGGGCUGA